AUUUGCAUCUCUUUGCAAAAGGAAGGCACUUUCAUUAUCAUAAGAGAGGAUAGAACACAAACAAGAACACCAAAAGAACACUGGGGACUGAACACCUUCUUCAUUUCCCCAUCAUCACAACUCAAACUAUAUACACUUGCAAAGGUUACAAUUGCCAAUCAUCAAUCACGUAUCAUUAGUAGUAUCAGUACCCUCAAUCGUUCCUUCACUCACAAGCAUCAAUUGAUCACCAUCCCUAAUCACCUCAAUAUCAUCGACCUCAACCCUAUCCAUAGUCGCCACCUUACCAACCCUGAUCCCGAAUUUCUUUUCCCCCAAGUCAAGCAACUCCUGAAACGUCUUAGGAAGCACCACAAGCUUCCUCGUAUCGCCUCCCUUCUCCGGGCAACUUAUCGUCACUCUCGCCGCCCUGCUCGCUUGGCUUCCAUUCCCAUUGCCCACCGAAAACAGGGCUCCUUCCUUGCCGCCAUUACCAUCCCCGUUCUGCGCAGCUGCUGACAUCAUCCCAAACAGCGAGUUGUGGAAGUUGUUCGUCUUCCUCCUCGCCCUCCUCGAGCUCCACGAACUGUCCUCGUCGCUCGCCACGACAGGGUGGAUCGCUGGCUCGCUCGUGAACCUCCCUAGACUGCGACGUGGAGCGCUGUGCUGCCGUUGCUGGUCUUGGGGGCCG